GCUCUCGAUUCAUUUCGGUACAGUUAGUCAAUUCGUGUGGCAGAAGCCAACAGUCAACUGCGAAAUGUGCUGCUGUUGUAAUUGCUCGAACCUUACCAAAAAGGUCUGGUCCUUCGUUGGGGUGGUUCUUAUUUUUGGUUUGGCUGCUUUCUUCGGAUUUGGGCUGCCAGCGAUUGUUGAAUCCGUGGCGCGAAGCGAAUUCAUUAUGGAACCAGGUUCUCAAGUUUACGAUAAUUGGCUAACGUCCGAGGUACCGAAAUAUUUGGACAUCUAUGUUUGGGAUUGGAAAAAUCCCGAAUCAAUUACCAACGAAAACGUUCGACCGCAGUUCGUCGAGCGAGGGCCGUAUGUUUUCCUGGAGGACCACGAAAGACACGACAUUGAGUUUAAUACAGAUCACAGCAUUACUUUCCGGCAAAAGCGAACCUGGACGUAUAUCCCGGAGCAAUCAAAGGGAGAUUUCUACACCGACAGAGUGACAACUCCUCACACCAUGCUGAUGACCAUUGCUAAGUUGGUUGGAGGCGGUAAUCCGGCACUGGUGAGCCAACUCAACGCCAUAAUCAAAAAGAACAAUUUGCUUGAUGGAAUAGUAUACAAAGAUGCUCUUGUGCGAGAUAUUCUGUUCGAUGGGGCUGAGGACAGACUACUGGCAGCAGUGCAAAUUCUUGCCGGUGCUAUACCGGAAUUAGCUGCAGGCAUGGAUAUUCCUGACUGGGAUGGCUUCGCGUAUUUCGCUGACCGAAACACCAGCGUGGAGUAUGACGGUAUUUUUCGUAUGGGAACUGGCACUGAUCAGUGGACCGACUCUGGCCUGUUGAGGACGUGGAAUAACGAGUCAACGGUACCACACUUCCGAGGGGAGUGCGGUAAGGUGCAUGGAUCGACUGGUCAAGUGAAUCCUCCCAUGACUAGUCAGCAAAUAAAAAAUCCGGAAGAUUUCAUCCUGUUCAUCACCGAUGUGUGCAGUGCUUUUAGUUUGAAGUAUGAUCAAGACGUGGAAUUCGGAGGAGUUGACGGAAAGGCUUGGAUUGGCGAUGAUCGCGUUUUCGACAAUGGUAACAACUAUUUGGAAACGGAAUGUCAGUGCACGGCACCUGUUGCCGAGUGUCCAGCCGUAAAGCCAGGUGUGCUUGACCUUUCCGGGUGUAAAUUUGGUGCACCUCUGCUGGCUAGUUUUCCACACUUUUAUCUAGCUGAUCCGAGCUACGUGAGCGCUCUGGAUGGACCCAAACCAACACGCGAGCUCCAUGAGUUCCGCUACGUUAUGCAUCCCUUCUCUGGGAUUCCGCUGGAAGUGAACGGCAGGUUGCAGUACAAUUUGCACGUGAGCGAUUACGGUUUGGAGGCUACAGAAGGUUUACCUGAUAUAACUUUACCUGUUUUCUGGGUGAAUCAAAGAGUAACCUUAACUCAAGAGAAAAUCGAUGAUUUAAGGGCUUUAGACACACUGCGUUCAGCCGGAAUAUACACAGGUUAUGCACUCCUUGGGGUCGGUAUCAUAGCACUUGGAGUGGCUUUGUACUUCUCUAUAUUUGUGUGGAAAGACUCGAAAAUCAACGUUUGAAUAAAAUAGAAA